AUGAGUAAUCAAAAAAAUAGAACCUUUUAUCUAGUAAAAAAUACUGGAAUUGAAUUUUCCUUAUCUGAAAAUUCUUCAAUUAAUUCUAACGAUGCAAAUAAGUGUUCAAAAAAAGAUUUAUUAGAAUGGAAAGGAGAAAAAACUAAUGAUAUAGAUCUUUUAGAUAAUAAAUUAUUAGAUACUAGUGUUUUUAAUAAUUUAAUUACAGAAAUUAUUAAAAAACUAUUAUUAGAUAAAUUAGAUCAGAGGUUUGAUAGCAAUAAUAUAAAUAUUCCAUCUAUUAUUUUUCCAGAUUCUUUAAACUACUUGGUUGAUUUAUCUAAUUCUCCAAUUUGUAAAACUUUUUUAAGUGAAUUGCAAAAUUUUAUUAAUAAUUUUGUAAAAGAUAAUGAAUUUAAAAAUUUUAUUCAAGUAAAAGAUAAUUCAAUUGAAUGGAAAAAUUUAAUAGAUGGUAUAUUUAAUAUUUAUAAAAAUAUAGCUGAAGAAAAUUGGAAUAAUGAAAAACCUCCAUUUAACUAUAGUAAUGGAAAAAAUAAACAAAAAAUGGUUAAAUUAGGUAAAGCAAGAAUAUUUCAAGAAAUGGCCAAUUCUCUAGAACAGCCUACUAGAAUAUUCAAUGAAGUUAUUGAAAUACCUGAUAAAAUUAUUCGAGAUAAAUAUAGAGAUAUAUAUAAUUUAAAUUCAACUGAAUUUGAAAAAUUAUUUGAACUUAAUCAGGACCAAAAAUCUAUUUUAAAUUUAUCGGAAAUAGCAGUAAUAAAAUAUUAUAUGGAUCAUUCUAAAAAUGGAUCAUAUAAAAACUAUAAAUUAAAUAAUUUUAAAAAAAAUCAAGAACGAUUUGGAGUAUAUGGAAAUUAUUCUAAAGGAGUUUAUAAUUCUAGAGAUUAUAAUUCAGAAGACAAUAAACAUAAUAAAUGUAUCGAUCAGAUGCUAGAUAAAGUUAAACUAUUUGAAGAUAAUAUUUUAUCUAAUAUUAUUAAAAAAUAUUAUCCAAACUGGUUUAAUAAAAGAGAAUCAGUUAAAUAUCCAUUAAACGUAAAAAAGCUUUUUAAAGUCUUUGCUAUGAUGGCUUUAAACUAUAAUGUUACUACAGAUUAUCAUAAUGAUAAAAAUGAUGAUGGUCUGUCAGUAGUAGUUCCAGUAGGAGAUUGGGAAGGUGGUUGGCUAGUACUUCCAAGUAUAAAAACAAUAGUUAAAUUAAGUAAAGGUAAUAUUUUAUUUUUAAAAGCUGAUCUUCUAAUUCAUGGAAAUACUCCAGCUAUAGAAACAUAA